AUGUGGCACUGCACCACACCUCGAGGCACCGCACCGCACCUCGUGGUACCGUGCUGCACUGCGCUGCGCCGCACUUUGUGGCACCAUGCUGUGCUGCAUGGCAGCAGGUGGCACCGCACCGCACCUCGUGGCACCGUGCUGUGCUGCACCAUGCUGCACCUCGUGGCAGCGCGCUGCACCACAUGGCAGCACAUGGCACUGCACUGCACCUCGUGGCACCGCACCGCACCUCGUGGCACCGUGCUGUGCUGCACCAUGCUGCACCUCGUGGCAGCGCGCUGCACCACAUGGCAGCACAUGGCACUGCACUGCACCUUGUGGCACCGUGCUGCGCCUCAUGGCACCCUGCUGUGCUGCAUGACAGCACAUGGCACCGCAACACACCUCGUGGCACUGUUCUGCGCUGCAUGGCAGCACGUGGCACUGCACCGCACCUCGUGGCACUGCACCGCACCUCGUGACACCGUGCUGCGCUGCACCUUGUUGCACCUCGUGGCACCGUGCUGCACUGCAUGGCAGCAUGUGGCAUUGCUCCACACCUUGUGGCACCGCACCACACCUCGUGGCACUGUGCUCUGCUGCAUGGCAGCACAGGGCACUGCACCACACCUCGGGGCACCGUGCUGCACUGCACCAUGCUGCACUGCUUCACUGAGCUGCACUGCACCACGUCCAGUGCACUACUCUGCACCUGGUGGUGCUGCGCUGCACCCCGUGGCACCACGCAGCUCUGAGCUCCUCCACCUUCAUGCACUGCGUCACACAGCACCUCCCCACGCUCCGUCCCCCCAGCCCCCGACGACAAGCCCUGCAGGAAGGCGCUGCUUGCAGCGGGAUUACGGCACAGCCAGGUUCCUUCAAGUGCCCCCAGGACUUGGCGGCCAAGAGCUGGGACGGGAACGGUGCCGCAGGCGCAGAGCUGCAGGGUACGGGGCUGAGCUGCACGUGCCCUGGCACUGA